AUGCCAUCUGCAUCUGAUCUUGAUUAUGAACAUCCAGUUGGUUUAUCAUCAAAACAAGUUGAAUCAAUAGCUAUAAUUGGAGGUGGUGCAUCGGCUGCAAUAAUUCUAGAUACUUUACUUAAAGAACCGGACUCGAACAUUAAACAAAUAACGAUUUAUGAAAGACAAGAUAAGUUAGGUGGAGUAUGGUAUUUUAAUCCAGAAACCAUAGAGACACCCAAUCAUAUCAUUAAAUCUGGUAAUAUAAACUUUGAAAAUGAUCCUCAAUUACCAAACCCAUUUGAAGGAAAUUUAGACAAGGAUGAGAAUGAAUUGAAUCUUCCUAGAAUUAAUCAAGAGAGAUUUUUACAAACACCAAGUUAUUAUGGUAUAAAGACAAAUAUUAUCGAAAAGAUGAUGACUUAUAGUGAUAAUAAAAAUUGGGGUAUAGAUGGAGAUGAUGAAGACAGAAAAUAUGUUGUCGGCACAGUUGUUCAAAAGUAUAUUGACAGUUAUAUUGAUAAAAAUUUGAAUGACCCUAGAGUUAAAUUGCAUUUAAAUUCUACUGUUGAAGAUGUUGAACGAAUUGACAGACACGAUGAAGUCGAAAUACCAUAUAAGUUCAGAUUAACAAUACGUGAGGAAUUACCCAAUUCUGAAAAAGAUCGUUGGUAUCGAAAAAACUUUGAUUCAGUCAUAGUUGCAUCAGGUCAUUAUCAUGUUCCAUUCAUUCCUCAUGUUCCUGGUUUGAAACAACUACAAGAGACAUACCCCAAGGUAGUUCAACAUGCAAAGUUUUAUAGGUCCUCAGAGUCAUAUAAAGAUAAAACUGCAAUUGUUGUUGGUUCAAGAGCAUCAGGAAGUGACUUGACAAAAUUUAUAGCUAGAGAACCGGGUACCAAAGUUUAUCAGUCAAUUCGUAAUUAUGAAAGGACCAAAGUCUUAUCAUCUAGAACAAAUGUCGAAACUAAACCAGAGAUUACUUCAAUAGUUCUAUUAGAUGAGUCAGAGCCUUACAAGAUAAAAGUUUUAUUCGAAGAUGGUUCAAUUGUCUAUGAUCCAGAUCAUAUCGUUUAUUGCACAGGUUAUUUAUUUUCUUACCCAUUUUUGAAUAGAUUGUUCAAUAAUAAAAUCACGCAUGAAGGACAAACAGUUUCAAACUUAUAUCAACAUACAUUUUUAAUCAACGAACCAUUAAUUACAAUUAUAGGUGUUCCAAUUGACGGUAUAUCAUUCAGGGUAUUUGAAUAUCAAGCAAUCUUGUUAUCAAGAUAUAUUACUGGAAAAAUAAAUUUACCUUCAAGGAAAGAGCAAACUGAAUGGGUAAACAAAAGAUACGAGGAGAAAAGUAACACAAGGUUAUAUCAUACAAUUGGAGUUGUUGAUGCAUUACCAUUUGCUCAAACUUUGAUACGGUUAGGACAAGUCUCAGCCAAAACCAAAGUUGGUAGAGAAUUUCCAAUUCUAACUGAAGAGGAAGUCUUGAUUUAUAGAGAGGCUGGGGAAAAAUUGAGGAAAUUUUGGGAUGAGAGAUGA